AUGUCACUCUUUACCAUUCGUUCACUCUUUACAGCUUUGCUGCUUGGCAAUGCUCUUGCCCUGCCUGCCCACGAGUCCAAGACGGCGACCAAGUCGCCCAAGGACAUAUGCAAUGACGGGAAGCUGGCCGCCGGGAACCCUCGUGCGGCCUUCUUCCGGAAGCUCGUGGGCGACUCCGGCUACAGCAACCACAGUCGAUGCCCGUCGCCCAAGGACGGGCCCUUCAAGGUCGGUAUCAUUGGCGGUGGCGUUGCUGGCUUGUACGCCGCCAUGAUCCUGGACUCUCUGGACAUCGACUACGACAUCCACGAAGCGUCCGGUCGUGUCGGAGGUCGAAUAUUCACCCACCGCUUUGACCAAGCGGCUUGGGACAAGUCCACGCCAGAAGACCCGGCGUACUAUGACUACUAUGACGUCGGUGCGAUGCGCUUUCCACCCAUGCCAUACAUGGAUCGCGUCAUUGGAAACGAAUCCUGGAGUUUGAUCCCAUAUCUGAACGCUCGCGUUUCCGAGCGGGAUCAAGUCGUCCAGAAGAGUUACGUCUUUCAGACGAACAACACGUUUCGUCGUUUCAACGGCGUCACGGCCCUCAUCCAGGAGCCGAACUCUGCGUCGGCAGAGAGAUACGAUGUCCCCUUGUUCAACGCCACGUUUGAUGCUCUUUCGGCGUCUGAGGUCUGGUCCGACCAGGUCCAAACCAUGGUCAACGCCCUCUCGGACGACUUUACGACGGGAUUCAACAAACUAAUGAGUUACGACUCGAUGAGUGUCAGGGAUUUCCUUCUCGCCAAGGGGUUCACCAACAGCGAAGUUGACUGGAUGGAGACGAUGAACGACGCAACCGGCCACUACGACACCUACUCCAUGGCCCAGGCCGUCCUGGAGGAGUGGAUCUUCACAAGCGCCGACAUCAACAAGUGGACUCUCAUCAACGGCGGCAUGGAUAUGAUUACCAAGGCCAUGAAUCUCAUUGUCAAAAACAAGCCCGUCCUCAACCAUAGGGUGACGGACGUCAAGAAGAAGCCUGACGGCACGCUCAAGAUGGUCGUCAACGGCGCUGACGAGUAUGACUAUGCUCAUGUCAUUUCCACGGCUCCGCUGGGUGCUCUUCAGAUCAUCAACAUGACGGAGCUGGGACUGAGUUACUACCAGAACACUGCUAUUCGCAGCCUGAAUUAUGAUCCUGCUGCCAAGAUUGGCCUCAAGUUCAAGACUCGCUGGUGGGAGAAGCUGGCGACUGGCCCUUUCCAAGGCGGACAGUCCUUCACCGACCUCCCCAUCCGGCGCUGUGUAUACCCCUCGUACGGCAUCGACGUACCCGGGGCGCCCGGCACCAUGAUCGCCAGCUACACCUGGGGCCAGGACGCCUCGCGCCUCGGAUCCUACCUCAACCCGCACAAUCCGACCAACCAGGAGCCGUACCAGCCCGAGAGCAUCAAGACGCUGGUCGAGGUGACGCUGCGGGACCUGGCCGAGCUGAACGGCGUGACGUACGAGUUCCUCGAGUCUGAGUUCGUCGACUUUCACGUCUACGACUGGUACGGUUCGGCGUACUCGAACGGCGCGUUUGCCAUCUUUGGGCCCGGCGAGUUCAGCAGUCUCAUGCCCUGGCUCAUGACGCCUGCCGCCAAUGGUCACAUGCACUUUGGCGGCGAGGCGCUCAGCUCGGGCCACGCGUGGAUCAUCGGCGCUGUCAACAGUGCCUGGAGGACGGUAUAUGAGAUCCUGUCGGUCGAGGGCAUGAAUGACAAGAUGAAGCAGUUUGUCGACCAGUGGGGCAUCAUCGACGAGGUUGACAUGGGCUGGUACGACUGGUCUCCCGAGGGGAAACCGUAA